CAAAGGGGUCAGUCAUGCGGGUGCUAUCUUUCAGUUUGGACUGUAUAUAAAGGCUCCCCAAGUGAAAGCUUACUGUCCGUGUCUUUUUGUUCUUUCUCCUUUUUCACUUCUUACACUAUGGCUUUUGCUACCUUUAUUCGAGCGAACCCUGCUUUAGCACCACUUUUCCUCUUCGCAGGCGGAGGCUGUGCAGCUGCUGUUGCCUAUCCACUUUAUUUGCUCCGAACCCAUCCUGAAAUUAACAUUGACCGGAGAAACAACCCAUUCCCGUGGCAGCGUGUACAACAACAUGAAAAUAUCAAGUUCAUCAACAUGGUACCCGAAUUCUAUGAAGGCCGCAAGGACAUGAAACGACCUUCCUACUAAACACAUCCCUUAAUCCAACCAUCAACCAUAUCCAUUCAAAGCCAAAUAAAAUUCCGUGUGUCAAAAACAGCAACUAUUUUUAUCCAGAAAGGAUAGAUGAAGGGAAAUGGCAAAAAAAAAAAAAAAAA